CUCUCGUCAGUUGGAGUUGAGCCGUUUUCCCGUUUCGUGGGUUUGUGUGUCUGGUGCGUUUGACGUUUGAAGGGUGCUCGGCAAAAACACAAGUUUUAUCGCGCCCAUUUCUUAGGCAUUCGCGGUUUCAGUGCGUUGUUUUGUGCUCGACCGUAAAUUGCAAGCGACAUUCCUGCGAGCGUAAAGUUCACAAGAUUCGCAUAAGUUCCGUGUGUGGAGUGGACUGUGCCGGACAAUUCCUCGCGGCAGCGGAGACCACUGAAAUUCUGGUGCAAAAAGUUGUUGUGCUCGUGCAGAAGUGCCUCCUGGGUUUGCCGCGCCGUCACCUAAUUGCUGUCCUCCUUUCCACGUCUUCAACUCUUUAUUUAUUAACUAGUUCUUUCGUUUGUUGCUUUAUAGUUGCUUUUGGUUUACGAGGUGCUUCUUUAUUCACUGCAUAUUUUACUCAUUUAAUUUCUUCCUGUUCAGAAGACAUCAAAGCACCUUAUAUUUUGGUCCAGUUCCAAUUCUCCUUAUUUAUACCGAUGAUUGAAAGAGUCAUGACUGAUAAUGCAUUCAAGGCCCGCGACAUCGGCCUACGCGCUCAAAAGAAAAUCCUAUCACGCAUGGCCACAAAAAGUAUAGCGAAAACAUUCAUCGAUGGAACGACGGCCUCAUUACUAGAUAACAUAUAUCGUCUUGCCAAAAUUCAUACUGGAAACAAAAAGGAGUCAGAAAAACUAGUCAAAAAUAUCAUUAAAAUAGUCAUAAAAGUUGGAGUGCUGCAUAGAAAUGGACAAUUUAACAGUGAAGAGGAGAGAGCAGCGGAAAGAUUUCGAAGUAAAUUUCAGAAUACACAAAUGGCAAUAAUAUCAUUCUACGAGGUAGACUUCAGCUUCGAUUUGCCUUACCUGCAAAAAUCAUUUGCCGAAUCACAUGCCGCCUUAAAAGAAGUCGUCCGUCGUCAUCUGACUGACAAAUCACUGAAUCGAAUAGAUGAAGUUUUUUCGUUUUUCAGUGAUUCAAAUCUUCUCGAAACCGCAUUCAAAACCGAUUCACCGUAUCGUGAAAUAAUGGGUAAAAUCGUGACGGAUCUCAACAACGCUAUGGACAACGGCGACUUAUAAUAGAUUGGUAGCAAUCUAUUUACACGCAUAAAAUAUUGUGAUUAUGUUAAUUCCGUUAAGAUGUCUGUAUUGGCUUAUGGAAGUUUCUUCUUUGUUUUAAGAUUCAGAAGAGCCAGGAAUAGUGUUUAGCGGUUUCCUUUCCUCUCUCCGAAGAAUGGUAUUAAGAAUAUUUAACAAAUAGAUCUAAUUAGGUGUAAGCUAUUUGGGAUUGUUUUGUUAUUUAUUACUCGUUGUUUUCGAUAGUUGUAUGAUACACUUAAUACACCUAAAGUAGGUUCGAUUAGGAAACAAACAAAUAGGUUCGCACUAAGUUUUGUAUAUUCUAUCACUUCCAAAGUAUUAUCACGCAUACUCAAUUAAAUAUUGUAUUACAUAGUAGACUUGUUAGGACCUUAGCAGCAGUAUUUACUCAAUAAGAGGCCUUGUCACUACGAGAAUAACAAAAAACGGAUCAUAUCAAACUUAGUAUCAAAGAUAUUUUUCUAUGAUAUUAUUCUACUUUGAAUAACAAUGUUUUUAUAUAAAAGUUUUAUGUUAUUAGCAUAAUAAAGUAUAAAAACUUA